AUGCCGCCGCCUCACCUUCUGAUGGCAGCCUUGGUGUCCGUUCUGCUACUGUGGCAGCCAGCCGACGGCACCGAUCACGCUGUUGGGGGUGGUGGCAUCAAUGGCUGGGACACCGGCACCAACUACGCCACCUGGGCGCAGUCCCAAUCCUUCGCCGCCGGCGAUGUCCUAGUGUUCAGCUAUGUCAAGGGCCAGCACAACGUGUACGAGGUAACGGAGGAGGCAUACCGGUCGUGCGACGCCACAGCCCCGGGCACCGUGCUCGCCACCUACGACAGCGGCCUCGACAGGGUCGUGCUGCCCGAUGCCAAGACCUACUGGUUCAUCUGCCAGGUCCCCAACCACUGCAUAGGAGGAAUGAAGCUCGCCUUCAACGUCUCAGUAUGA